AUGGCUAUCGUCCUGAAGUCCAGCCCUCUGCUAUGGACACGGCUAGCUGCUCUGGCCUGUUCCUGUGUGGCCUUCUCGGUGGCCGUGCACGGCGCCAGACUCUACCACGGCACCGGGGACUUUUGCAUCUUCUGCUGGGCCUUCAGCUUCGCCGGCACGCUUCUCGUCCUCCUGGUGGAGCUUUUCGGCCUGCAGACCAAAGCCCCCGUUUCCUGGAAGAACUUCCCCAUCACCUUCGCCUGCUAUGCCGCCCUCCUCUGCUUGUCAGCCUCCAUCAUCUUCCCGCUCUACUACCUCAAAGGUUCGGGAGGCCAAAGUGAGGUCCGUGAUUUCCGCAUCGUGUGCACUGUUUUCUCCUGCCUGGCCACUAUUGCCUACAUGAGUGAGGUGAGCAUCACUAAGGCUCGUCCGGGUGAGGUCGCCGGCUACAUGGCCACGGCUCCCGGGCUGCUGAAGGUCUUUGAGACCUUCCUGGCCUGUAUCAUCUUCGUCUUCAUCAGCGACCCCGUGCUGUAUGACCGCCACGAUGCGCUCAAGUACUGCAUGUCCGUGUACUGCAUCUGCUUCAUCCUGUCGGCAAUCAUCAUCCUGCUCUGCAUCGGCGAGUGCACCGGCUGCCUCCCCUUCCCGUUUGCCCGCUUCCUGUCAGCCUACGCCUUGCUGGCCGUCGUCCUCUACCUGUCGGCCACCAUCAUCUGGCCAAUCUUCAACUUUGACCCCAAGCACGGCGGCUCCAAAACCAGGCCGUCCAACUGCAGCUCGGCGAUGGGAUUGUGCGUGUGGGACAAGAACAUGGCGGUGGCCGUGCUCACCGCCGUCAACUUCAUCCUCUACCUGGCCGACCUCAUCUACUCCACCCGCCUGGUGUUCGUCAGCGCCUGAGGAUGAGGGGGUGGGGGUGGGCGAGCAGUGUGCUCCAAAGGAAAUUGAAUUUGGCUACAUCGUUCAAAGCUGUUAAACUGCUGUCAGACAUACUGCUGCAAACGCUAGUCUCUUCACUAACCAAGUUUGUUGCUGAACAAAACGAGACAACACACAGUAGGCCUUCAACGGUCGACAGCAAAUGUAUCGAGGUUGUUUUAGUGCCAGUGAAAGAUGCUUUUCAAAAUAAGAAACAGAUGCAAUCAUCUGGUAAAAAUCCUAAUCUUGGGCUCAGAUUAAUUUAUUGCAUCUACAGAUGAGCUAAGUUUUAUUUUGUUGAAGGAUACUGCACGGCUGAGGAUCUUAGAGUGAAAUGAAGAAGAUCAAAGUGAGGCUGAAGUUACGUUUUAUGUACAAACAUAUUUCCCAGAAAGCUUUCCGUUUAUGUUUUAUCUUUUUUUUAAUGACCUGAACAAGCAGUUAUCUUGAUUGUAGGAGAAAACAGUGAGAUUGAAGGAACGUGUUGACAAAUGAUCGCAGCAGAUAUAUACUUUUUGGUGUUUGACUUCUGGACUGUGGUUCUGUGGAAAAGUGUGAACAAUUAAUAUCUUACCUGUUGCCGAUAACUUUGAACGACGUCACUCUUGGGGAAACAGUUUAAUUUUUAACAAAAGUAAAAUGCUGUCGUCUUAAAUCAACUCCGAUGUCAGAAGUUUCACACCAGUUUAUGAGAAAGUUUUUAUACAACUUCGUGUUCAAAAGCUCUUUUGACGAUCAGUGGUUUUAAAAUUAAUCUGCAACCGUUUUUGUUUUUUCAAGCUUGUAGUUACAGUUGAGCAGGUCAUUCAGAAUGUUUUAUUGGGUUCCAUUAACUUCAUCUUUUAUUAUUACUUUUGUUUUACAGUAGUCCCUCGCCACUGUGCGGUUCGUUUAUCGCGGACUCGCUCUAUCGCGGUUUUUCAAA